AUGAGAUUGUUUUUGUUUUUGUUUGUUUUCCACACCUCCACUUCUAUCAAAUGUAAUGUAUGGAAUCGUUUUAAUCUCGAAGAUAACUGUCAAUCUUCAAUUGGUUGUGUCGCAAUAUCAAUGAAUGGUCUGGUUCAUAAGUAUUCGAAUGGAGCUCCAUACUACAAAUUUGUGAAUACAGCUGUAGCUGGAUGUCCCGAAUCGAAAGCUCAUUUAGAUGUUUUUGAAGAGAUGAAGCUUAAAAAGGAAAUUAGUAAUCUAUGUGAGAAAGCUCAAUUGUAUGGUGGUUGUCUUCGUAAUCUAACCAUAUUACCAUAUAUGCAUAAUAAGAUAUGGGUAAGAAAUCAAAAUCAUUUAUUGCAAAUGGCAUAUUUCAAUAUUAAAUAUGAUUACUGUUGUUGUUAUAAUGAUUUUUGUAAUAUCGAUUGGAUUGACUACUUCAAAGUUUCAUAA